ACUUCUCAUCGUUCUAAUGACAACAUCACGGCCGUCAUGGACAUCCCUAUUAACAUCAUUCCAGAACGCUGCUCUGCUCUUAUAAAAUCAAGGCAGAGUACAUUCGUUUGCGAUCUCGACUUUGUAGUACUUCCUCGUAUAACUCAACGUCUUCCUGAGAACUUCAUUUCUGUGAACCAUCUUAAUAUACCAUCAUCAAUCAAAUUAGCAGAUCCAACAUUUAAUCAGCCUUCACAAAUUGACGUCUUAUUGGGUGCUGAAGUUUUCUGGGCCAUCAUCGGCACAGAGAAGCGCCCUCUAGGGAACAAUCUUCCCACUCUUUACAACUCCGAGUUAGGUUGGCUAAUAGGAGGCCGCAUGCCAACUAAGGGCAAGCCUCUAAAUAAAACGAUUUCGUGCAAUUUUGUGGCCACACAGAGCGACACUGACCUAAACUCACAGCUUCAAAAGUUCUGGGAGUACGAAGACUUUCCCAAGCAUCAUGAAUCUAAACCUAUUUUAACCGAAAGUGAAUCGCACUUUAUUCAGAACACAACUCGAUUAGAAAAUGGUCAAUUUUGUGUUAGAUUGCCCCUUAUUGACACGCCUGACUGUUUAGGCGACUCUUACUUCCUUGCAAAAAAGCGCCUUCUUAGCUUAGAAAAACGUCUUAACCAAAACCUGGAACAUAAGAAAAUGUACUCUGAUUUCUUGCAGGAAUACCGCGAUCUUGGGCAUCUUUCUGACUCUAUCGUAGAAAGGCCUCACACCUCAUUUUUUGUGCCCCACCACUCUGUGUUAAAGAGCUCGAGUGAAUCUACUAAAUUGCGCGUAGUAUAUGACGCGUCCAUGCGCACGAAGUCAGGUUACUCUAUAAACGACCUUCAAAUUGUGGGGCCAAAUAUACAAGAUUCUUUGUUCAACAUUUUAUUGAGAUUUCGUCACUAUAGGUACGUUUUGUCAGGUGAUAUAGAAAAGCAAUACAGACAAAUCGUUAUGAACGAGCUAGAUCGCGACCUUCAGUUGAUUCUUUGGCGUGAAAAUGAAUCUCUUCCUAUUAAAACGCUUAGACUUAAUACUGUGACUUACGGUUUCUCUAGUGCCAGUUUCUUGGCAGCCAGAUGCUUGUGGCAGCUCGGUGAGGAGUCAGCUGAUUCAUCUAUCAAAACGAUAAUCCAAAACGACUUCUAUUGUGAUGAUUUACUUACCGGAGCUGAUGAAGAGUCUGACUUACUUAAUAUUAAACAAGCCGUAUCUAAUUCGCUGUCUCGGGGUUGCUUUAACUUGCGAAAAUAUAGGUCAAACUCUCAACUUCUGAUUAAUUCUGAAUUAGAAAAUAUACAAAAUGACAGUCUUGUAUUGAGUCAAUCACUUCAUACGCUAGGAUUAUUAUGGAAUCCUACGCAAGACACACUUCAUUUUAAUAUUGACGAUAGUAGUGCUUCACCUGAUAAAGUAACUAAACGGUCUAUUUUGUCCACGACAUUUAAGAUAUUCGACCCUUUGGGCCUUUUGACCUUGUGUACUGUCAAACCCAAAAUUCUCUUACAGAAACUUUGGUCUCUUAAAUUGGAUUGGGAUACUCAAGUGCCCCCUGAAAUUCAGCGAGCCUGGGCACACUUCAUAGAUAACAUAAAAUACCUGAAGCUUCUUACUGUGCCCAGGAACAUAUUUGAUAACAGUGACUCACCUUCAUUUAUUGAACUUCAUUCCUUCUCUGACGCCUCGCAAGCUGCGUAUGGCGCUUGUAUGUACAUCAAAGCCACCUUUCCCUCGGGCAAACAAACUGUAAAUUUGCUUUGCUCUAAAUCACGCGUGACUUCGACGCGUUCUGCGACUACACCGAGAUUGGAACUUGCUGCGGCGCUUCUUGCCAGUCGCCUUGCUUCGACGGUAAGCAAAGCGUCUCGCAAGCCUAUAGCACGCUGUACUUACUGGUCCGAUUCCAGUGUAGUAUUAGCAUGGAUUAAUACAUGUCCCUCAAAAUUAAAAACGUAUGUCGCGAACCGUGUCGCAGCUAUUCAAGAGCUCACCGGGAGCUCGGCGUGGCGCCAUGUCCCCACAGCUCUGAAUCCUGCCGAUCUUGCAUCUCGCGGGAUCGACCCUCAGCAUGUACAGUCUCAACAGUUGUGGUGGCAUGGCCCAUCCUUUCUUCUAGAACCCGAGGAAAAUUGGCCAGUUCUUAAUACUAACUAUGUGACCCAUGAUUUACCUGAAUUUAAAACAGCGAACCCUUCAUUUUUGACUAAUGUGGAACACAAAGGGGACGUUCUCAUAGAUUUCCAUAAGUACUCGCAAUUAAGUAAAUUUAAAAGGAUUAUUGCCUAUGUAUUACGCUUCAUCAAUAUCAAAUGCAAAAAGCAAUGUUUGAAGGGCCCGCUAAGUGCAAUAGAACUUGAAAAUGCCUUAACUGUUUUGGUGAAGCUGUCACAACAACAAUCAUUCCCUGUAGAUUUACCUACACUUGUAAAUAACAAAAAACUAAGCCCUAAAUCACGUCUCAUUUCAUUAGCUCCAUUUGUUGACUCUCAGGGGAUCCUGAGAGUAGGGGGCAGACUAGGUAAAUCCAGAUAUGACUUUUCUGUAAAACAUCCCAUACUUCUUUGUUCCAAACACACACUCACAAAACUAAUUUUCACUUACGAACACAAACGCCUCUUACAUGCGGGACCUCAACUCAUGUUGGCAUCCGUGCGUGAGCAGUUCUGGCCCAUUGGGGGUAGGGACUUAGCACGACGCACGGCUCGCAAAUGUGUCAUUUGUAUUCGGCAAUAUGGCCGAACAAUGUCCAAUAUAAUGGGCAAUUUGCCAUCACAACGUGUCACGCCCGGCUUCCCAUUUUCUACUAUAGCUGUCGAUUUUGCAGGUCCAUUUAUGAUCACUGAUCGGCGAGGCCGUGGCUGUAAGAUAACAAAAUGUUAUUUAUGUCUUUUCAUAUGUCUUAGAUUUAAAUGUGUACAUUUGGAGGCAGUGAGUGAACUUUCUAAGGACGCCUUCAUAUUGUCCCUGCGCCGCUUCAUUUCACGUAGGGGUAAGCCAAAAGAAAUCUACUGUGACAACGGCAAAAACUUUGUUGCCGCUGCCAAGGAGAUUAAUACCUUUUUCAAACAAAAUUCUGGCCCUAUAUUAGAGUUUGCAGGUGAUCAUAACAUUGAAUUUAAAUUCUCCCCGGCUUACGCUCCUAAUUUUAACGGUUAUGUAGAGGCUGGCAUUAAAUCAGCAAAAUUUCAUAUUAAGCGCAUUUUAGGGAACACGCACCUCACAUUUGAGGAGCUUUCGACUUUAUUUGCUCAAAUUGAGGCUGUCCUUAACAGUCGUCCUCUCUGCCCCCUUUCCUCCUCUCCCAAAGACUACGCAGCGCUCACACCCGGGCACUUUCUCCUUGGCAGGCCACUGACGUCGCUUCCGGCCCCGGACCUGACGGAAGCCAACAUUCGCAACUUGGACCGCUUCAAUCGGCUGGAGCAGAUAAGGCAGCACUUCUGGCAGCGCUGGCAGUCCGAGUACGUCAUGGAGCUGCAGCAACGUUCCAAAUGGAGAACGCGCGCCAGGGAUCUGCAGCAGGGAGACCUAGUCCUUAUUAAAGAGGAAAAUCAACCCCCAAUGUUAUGGCGUCUGGGCAGAGUGCUGAAGCUUCAUACUGGCUCAGACGGAGUACCACGAGUCGCAGAUAUUGAUACCGUGCGAGGAGUUGUCAGACGGGCUCUGAACCGUAUAUGCCUUCUUCAUGAUUCUUGAAAGCAGGGCUUUCAAGGGCCCCCAGCAUGUCCGCGCCGCUGCGCACAACGUCAUCAGACGAGCGUGAGGGUGAGGAACCCCGCCAAGCCGCCACCAGCUACCGGCGCAGCCGACGCUCUUUCUAUUUCGCCACAGGUCGCCGGACCGAACACACGCGGCCGCGAUCCAUUUUCUAUACAAUUUUUAUACUAUGUAAUACAUAGUUAUUAAAGGCUAAGUCCUAAACUAAA